UUUCGCCGAAGCAGUGAGUGUUUGUUGGUAUAAGUUAACGGACUACGUGCCGGCAAACACGUCACAAAGUCCAAAAGUCAAAGAGUCCAUAUCCAUCUAUAUAUAUAUAUUUAUCUAUAUAUCAAGAGCCAAACAGGAAGCAAUUGUCAUUGUCAAUUGUCAUUGUCCAAUGUCCAGUUAAACGAAACAAAACUAACGGACCAAAAAGCGGGGCAAAAAGGGCCCAACAAAUCCAAACUCUCCAAAGAGCGAGAGAGAGAGAGAGAGAUACUCCAAGCAUGUGGAGUUGGGAUAGAGUCAGACUUAGAGCAGCUGUGGAGAAAAGAGAGCCAACCAUCUUUAGCGGUUUCUUUGGCAUUUCUUUCAUUUCAGUUACCAAGCGAACCUCAAAGCGAGAGGUCGUUUUUUUUUUCCAAGCUCCGCCGAAAAGGAACCAAAAUCGCGGGCACGCAUGCGCAAAGCGAAUGAAAGAAAGAAAGACAGAAAGAAAGAAAGAGAAACAAACGAACGGAAAGAAAGUGCGCACCAAAAAUAAUAAUAUAAAAACAAACAAAUCGCGCUAAGGAAUUCGAUUUCGAGAGUUCUUAUUACUUUUCUCAAACACGUCGCAUCUAAAAAUUGGUUGGUCGAUCAGUGACCUAUAUAGAUAUAUAUACCUAUAUAGUUAAGACCCCAGCCGAUCCCGACCUAGAAAAUGAGUUCGGCGAUCGUUGGAGCCGCCUCGGCCAUAGGCGGAGCUGUGACGGCGGCCACCAGCAAUAGUUGGUUCAUCCCCAUGCUGAUGGCUGCAGUGGCCUAUUUCCAGUAUGAGGAGAUCAUCGAUCCGGAAUCCAAGCCCAGCGAUGUGGGUGGCGAUGAUAUUCUAGACCAUUAUGAUUUUAUAGUGAUAGGGGCAGGAUCAGCGGGUGCCGUGGUGGCCAAUCGAUUGACUGAGGUGGAAAAUUGGAAUGUACUUUUGCUAGAAGCCGGCGGCGAUGAAACUGAACUCACGGAUGUCCCACUGAUGGCUGGCUAUCUGCAACUCUCCAAGAUCGACUGGCAAUACAAGACGGAGCCAUCCGGAACAUCAUGUUUGGCCAUGCAAGGAGGUCGCUGCAACUGGCCGAGGGGCAAGGUCCUUGGUGGAAGUUCUGUUCUCAACUACAUGUUAUAUCUACGAGGAUCCAAGCAUGACUACGACAACUGGGAGGCAAUGGGUAAUCCGAGCUGGUCAUAUCGCGAUGCCUUGUAUUACUUUAAGAAAUCAGAGGAUAAUACCAAUCAGUAUCUGGCCAAUACACCGUAUCAUGCCACUGGCGGUUAUCUGACAGUGGGAGAAGCUCCCUAUCAUACUCCCUUAGCAGCCAGUUUUGUGGAGGCUGGCGUUGAGAUGGGCUAUGAAAAUCGUGACUUGAAUGGUGAAAAGAUGACGGGCUUUAUGAUUGCCCAGGGGACAACGCGACGUGGCUCACGUUGCUCAACGUCCAAGGCUUUCCUAAGACCCGCAAGAUUACGUCCCAAUCUGCAUAUCUCCAUGAACUCACAUGUAACUCGGAUUAUGAUUGAUCCCGUAACGAAAUUAGCUUUUGGCGUGGAGUUUGUCAAAGAUCAGAAACUCUAUCAUGUGAGGGCCACAAAGGAGGUGGUUCUAUCUGGUGGAUCAGUGAAUAGUCCACAGUUACUGAUGUUGAGCGGUGUGGGUCCACGCAAGGAGUUGGCCAAACACAGGAUACCUCUAAUCAAAGAGCUGAGUGUUGGUGAAAACCUACAGGAUCACAUUGGCCUGGGUGGUCUGACUUUCCUGGUGAAUCAACCUGUUUCCAUAGUGGAGAAUCGCUUUCACACUAUGUCAACUGUCCUGCAAUAUGCUGUUUUUGGCCAAGGACCUUUGACCAUACUGGGCGGUGUUGAGGGUUUGGCCUAUGUGAACACUAAGUAUGCGAAUAGCUCAAUGGAUUGGCCAGAUAUUGAGUUCCAUUUUGUCUCCGGAUCGACUAACUCUGACGGAGGAUCACAAUUACGUAAGGCUCAUGGCCUAACAGAGGCCUUCUACAGAGCUGUCUUUGAACCGAUUAACAAUCGAGAUGCCUGGAGCAUAAUACCCAUGUUGCUGAGACCCCGCAGCGUGGGUAAUAUUCGCCUGAGAAGUGGUAAUCCCUUUGAUUAUCCCUAUAUCUUUCCCAACUAUCUAACAGAUGACUUCGAUAUGAAAACGUUGAUCGAAGGCGUUAAGAUAGCAGUGGCAUUAUCACGAACGAAAGCCAUGCAGAGAUUUGGAUCGAGAAUAUCGAGCAUCCGUUGGCCGGGAUGUGAACAAGUCCCGAUCUUCACGGAUGCCUUCUGGGAGUGUAUGGUCAGGAGGUAUACGUCAACGAUCUAUCAUCCUGUGGGCACCUGCAAAAUGGGUCCCUACUGGGACAAAGAUGCAGUGGUGGACGCCAAACUGAGGGUCUACGGGAUCCGAGGAUUGCGCGUUAUCGAUGCCAGUAUUAUGCCCAAAUUGGUGUCUGCCAAUACGAACGCCCCGGUUAUUAUGAUUGCCGAGAAGGGCAGCGAUAUGAUCAAGGAGUUCUGGAUCAAGAACACCAUCGUCUGAGGGAAAUCUUUCUUAGGGAAGAUUAAAACUAGGUUUUUAUUCAUGUCUGAUUUGUCUUCGUAUUGAAUGUGUGAUUAAGGUGAAUGUUUUAGUGGCUGAAUUGAGUGUAAUGUUUCUGUGAAUGUUGUGUAUAUGUCUUAGGUAUAGUUCUUCCCUUCCUUAAGCUCUCUCUCUCUUAUUUAAAAUGAAAUCAAAUUCGACUUGUCCCGCAUCUUUCUUUUUUUUUUUUUUUGAACUAGU